AUGGCGCGGGCGCGGGCGGCAGGCUCGCGGGGCCGGCCCGGGUGGUGCGGGCGGGGCGCGCUGCUGGUCUGCGUCGCGUGGACCGCGGGUUGGGUGCUGGCGGCCGCGCUGCUGCUCCGCGCGCACCCGGGCGUCCUCUCCGAGCGCUGCACCGACGAGAAGAGCCGGCGCAUCCUGGCCGCGCUGUGCCAGGACUACCGGGGCGGCGCGCUCGGCGGAGACCUGUGCGAGGACCUGUGCGUGGCGGGGCAGCUACGGUACCGGCGCUGCCUGUACUACGAGCGGGGCAAGAAGGUGCUGCAGGCUGACUGGCGCGGCCGGCCUGUGGUCCUCAAGUCCAAGGAGGAAGCCUUCUCCAGCUUCCCGCCGCUCGGCCUCCUGGAAGGCCAGCCCGAGGCCGGCGGCCAGGGCUUCCCGGAGGCAGAGCUCCUCCUGCUGGCGGCCGGGGAGGUCAAGAGCGCGCUGGGCCUGGAGCUGGCCGAGGGCGGCCUGGGGCGGCUGGGCCUGGGGCGGCGGGGGCCCCGGCUGCGGGGUCAGCUGGCCAGCCUGUGGGCGCUGCUGCAGCAGGAGGAGUUCGUCCUGCUCAGCCUGCUGCGGGGCCGCAGCCCGCACGCGCCGCCCGUGCUGGGCUCCUGCGGCCACUUCUACGCCGUGGAGCACCUGGCCGCGGGCAGCCCCCGCCUCCGGGCCCUCUUCCCCCUGGACGGCGCGGCCCGCGGCGGCCGGGCCCAGGCGCGCGCGCUCAGCGGCGUGGCGCUCAGCUUCCUGGACAUGGUCCGCCACUUCGAGCACGACUUCUCGCACCGCCUGCACCUCUGCGACGUCAAGCCCGAGAACUUUGCCAUCAGGAGCGACUUCACGGUGGUGGCUAUUGACGUGGACAUGGCCUUUUUUGAACCUAAAAUGAGGGAAAUUCUUGAGCAGAACUGCACGGGAGAUGAAGACUGCAAUUUCUUUGACUGUUUUUCAAAGUGUGAUUUGCGAGUGCACAGGUGUGGAGCCCAGAGAACCAACAGCAACCUGCAGGUCGUCUGCGACAAGAUCCUCCGCCACUGGUUCUCCUCGCCCCGCGGCAGCCCCGCCGUCUCGGCCUCGCUGCGGCGGCAGCUGCGGGCGGCGGUGCUCGAGUGCGCGGCCCCGGGGUCCCAGGACGCGGCGCCCCGCGUGCUCGCGAAGCUGCGGCGCCUCCUCCAGGCCGCGCUGCGGGAGCUGCGAGAGGACGAGUAGCCGCGGCCCCCGCGCGGUGAGGGAGCGCGUCUGCGGCGCGGAUAAGGGCCUCGGGGACGCUUACUGUGUGCGGAGGGGGCUGCCCGGCGCUGUUCGUCCCUCAGCCGCCUCCUCCCUCUGCUCUGCUUUGAGGACCCCUCUGGGCCUCGCCCGUCACCCCUUCGAAGUGACACAAAGCAGGGGGGUCCCGGCGCCGGGUUCUCGGAAGAUGGCUCCGCUGUGCUGGAGCAAGAGCCCCGCCGGCGCCCUGCAGACGUCACCACGUCACAGAGUGCACCUGCGUGCGCGCACACGCGCAUGCGCGAGGGUGAGUGCGCACGUGGCCGUGAAAGUUGCGCAGGUGUGUGGACGUGUGUGCACGCGUGUGUGAGCGGGUGAGGGUGUGGGCCCUGUGCGCCUCCGGGCGGGGAAGGUGCCUUCUCUGGCGUAGCCACUGGCACCGCGGGCCUCGCUAGCAGAGACGAGUCAUCUUGCUUUUGGAAUUGAAAACAAUAAAAAACCCAAGUUUUAUCUC